AUGCCGGUUCUGGGCAAGAAGAUCUUCUACCAGAUGCUACGAGGCGGCGCCACCAAGACGUCGUCCCACGGUUGCGAGCUCCCACCCGAUGCGCAAUCCAUCGCCCAGGUCCUCAAAUCCUGUGCCGCCGCGCGUGACAUUGCCAAGGGCAGAGACAUCCAUGCUCACAUUCUUCGCUCCCCAGACCACUCCCAGAAUCGCUACCUCGCCAAUCUCCUCAUCGAUCUCUACUCCAAGUGCUGGAGCCUGGGCGAGGCGAGGGCGGUGUUUGAUCGUAUCGAGCAGCCCAAUCGAUUCUCCUGGAACGUGAUCGUCUCCGCUUAUGCCCAGAGGGGGCAUUUGUUGGAAGCCAAGGCCUUGCUGGAUCGAUCGCCCCAGCCGCCAAGCGUCGUCGCCUCCACCGCGGUGAUGGUGGCGUUCGCGCUAAACGGGCAUCUGGACGAGGCCAGAUCACUGUUCGCUGCGAUCGAUUCGCGGGACUGCGUGUGCUGGAACGCCAUGAUCCAGGUGCUCGUCCUCAAUGGCGAGAAUUCCUGGGCCAAAGAGGCAUUCAAUCGGAUGCCCUGCCGCGAUAGCUUCGCGUGGACGACGAUCAUCGCCAUGUACGCACAGGCCGAGGAGCCCGAUCGAUCCAAGGCCAUGUUUGAUUCGAUGGAGAGCCGGGACGUGGUGUCGUGGAACGCGAUGCUCGCCGCUUACGCUCAGAAUGGAUUGAUUGCCCAAUCGGACGAGCUGCUGCUGCGAUUCCCCCAUUGGAACCUCGUCACCUGGAGCAUCAUGAUCCAGGCGCUCGCCCAAGCGGGGCAAAUGGAUCGCGCUGAGAAGUUCUUCCAGACACUUCCCAGGAAAGAUCCAAUGUGCUCGACGGUCAUGAUCUCUGGCUAUGGUAUCUCUGGCGAUAUCCAAAGAGCCAAGAGAAUCUAUGAUCAAACUUUCGAGCCAAACGUUGUCACCUCAACCGCGAUGCUUACAGCACUUGCCGCGAAUGGGUAUCUAGAACAGGCGGAGCUUCUGUUUGAGUCAAUCCUCGACAAAAACGUGGUGACGUGGACGGCUAUGGUCGCAGCUUACGCUUUAAAUGGGAGGCCGUGUGAAGCCUUUUGUGCGUUUGAAAUGGCACCACAGAAGAACGUAGUAUCUUGGAAUACUGUCCUUGCGGCAUAUGCCCAAGUUGGGUAUAUCCAGGAAUCGAAAAAGUCUUUUGGAAAGAUGCCACAGCACAAUCUGGUGUCGUGGAACUCGAUUGUUACGGCAUCAGUGGCGUGUGGUGAUCUCCAGGAAGCACAAGACAUGUUUUUCCUGAUGCCACACAAGAAUGUGGUGUCGUGGAAUGUUUUGAUCCAGGCGCAUGCCCAAAGCGGGCAUGGGAGUGAUACGCUUGGGUUGUUUCGGAUCAUGGAUCUCGAGGGCGUCAAGAGCAAUGACAACACUCUUGUCGGGGUCUUGUCGGCUUGCAACCACAUUGGCCUGCUGAGAGCCGGCAGGGAAUAUUUCUUGUCCAUGGACAGUGACCGGGGCAUCCGUCCGACAUUCCAGCACUACUGCUGCGUUGUGGACAUGCUUGGCCGGUCUGGACUGGUGAAGGAUGCGGAGGAGCUCCUGGAAAGAAUGCCCUUCUUUGCUGGAUCUGCGGCAUGGAACACACUCCUCAGUGCGUGCUCCAAGGCUGAGGCGACUCCAAAGAUUGUGGAGGAGGAGAGAUUCUCUUUGCCACUCCUGGGGGAGGAUGAGGAUGCUGCAACGUUUGUGUUGCUUGCAGAUAUCAAGGGUCGUGUUCAAGGCCUUGAGUCCCAGGAGCUCUCGAAGUGGCGUUACACAGGAUGUAAACCCGCACCCGCAUCAAAACUUCGCACAAAACUUGGGUCUGUUUAA